AUGACUAUUUUGGAAUCCCAACUGGUAGGUAAGGACCCUACAUUGGUUAAAUUUGAUGAGAUUACUGGUGAAGAUCGCUACAGAAGAUAUGGCUUCUUGAUUAUAAUCGACUACAUAGUGAUGUUGGCCAUCAUUGUUCUUAAACUAUGUUUCUUGGGUUCCGAUAUUUAUACCUUGAUUCAGAUUUAUGCACUAGAAAACUGGGACAAUUACCACGCUAUUAGUUAUGUACCCAUCUUGGUCUAUAAGAUAGUUUUCACUGUGUGCAUUGGUAUAUCAAUGAUCUUCCUCAUCAUCUCUAUAAUCACCGGUUACAGAAUCUAUCAAAAGAACUACGUUAUCCCCUCAUAUCUUGACGAUGUGGCAAGACGGUUCAACUCCUUGAGAUGUUACGAGAGGUUUUGCAUAUAUGAAAAUAUCUCAACUAAAUCACUGGCUGACUAUACCGCUCUAACGAUAUACCAGUUAUUGCAUUAUGACAUUUUUCUCUGGAUUUUCGCUGAUACGCCCAGACAGGUGCUUAACGGUGCCACUGUGGCAUAUUCCAUCUCAAAUUCAUUCACCAGCUCUAAUUUGGUUGGUAUUAUCAAAGAAAUAGCUGCCACAAACGAGAGAGAGGCUAUAUUACUUUCCUUUAUGACUUUUUCUUUCAUUGUGUGGCUUUUUUUCUCUAUCAAAUACGUCAUCCUAAUCUUUUCUUCCAUGUGCGUGGUGCCGUCAAUUCGGCGCCGUACAAAACUGACUUUUAUGAGAGGUUGCAGAUCAAUCGUUGCCGAGAGUGUCAUGGAAAUGUACGAAAAGGAAGAGAAGAAGAAGAGAAGGUCUAUGAUGAGGAAGAGAAGAUUUCCUUCGAUCAUUAAGGACAACUCUGUUGCCGAAUUAACCGUUCUUGAAGAGUCCAACUCAAACUCCAUUGGAUCUCUAAUUCACGAGAAGAAUCCGUUUGAUGUGGAGGAUUAUUCAGACCCAAUGUCAUCCUACAGACCUCCUGCCUAUUAUCUGCAAUCCUUCUCUGCAGCUAACAAUUCGUCCGAGACAUUUAACAGUGAUUCAUCACAGUCUGUACAAGUUGUACAACAGUCUGUCAUUGCACCUAAUUCUCAGACUCGACUAACCACAAAUGAUGCUCGCCAAAGGGCACAGAUUAGCCCCAGUAUGCCUAUACAGCAGCCGCAAGUGGCCAGAACUACAACUGAUAUGACUAUAGAAACAGAACCAUUUCGUUUUCAAAACACUCAACGGCAGCACCAAAAUAAUCAUCAUCAUCAUCAUUACCAUCAACGCCGGGAACCCCCUGGAGCACCUCAGGAUUCUUAUUUUCCUCCACAACCUCGCCGACUAGCUGAAGCUAACCGCGAAGGAGACCUCUAUGGAUAUAAAGGUCUCAAAAAUGCAUACACUAGUGACUUCUAA